UACAGAAGAACAUGGAUCAAUCAUAAAGAAACAGAACAAGGUUGGGUACGCUGAAGGUCAUAUAUCUAAUUACUAUUAACUCAGUUUUUAUUGAGAUUUAGGAGUAAUGAUCAGUGGUUUACGUUUCUCCAAUAAAACUUACGCAGUUUAUAUAGACCAAUCACAACAAUUACAAUGGCAAGAAUGAGACUACUGGUCAAUGUAUUUCUAUUUCCUCUCCAGACAAUGAAUGUGAAGAACCAGACGUUGGUCAGUGAGAUUGUUCUCUUGGGAUUUCAGAAUCUCCACAACUUCAAGAUUCCCCUGUUCUCUCUGUUCCUUCUGAUUUACAUUAUGACAGUUUGGGAGAACGUCCUCAUCAUAGUGUUGGUGUCCUCCAGCCGGAACCUCCAGUCCUCCAUGUACUUCUUUCUCCAGCAACUGUCUGUGUCUGAUCUACUGGGAUCCUCAGAUAUUGUCCCCACUCUGCUCCAAACUGUAAUAAAUGAAGAAGCCAAAUUGUCCCUUGUUAGUUGUAUUAUUCAGUAUUCUUUGUUUUGUGUCCCAGAAUCUUUUGAGUGUUUGCUUCUAGCAGUAAUGUCCUAUGACAGAUAUGUGGCCAUCUGUAUCCCACUGCGUUACUCUUCUAUAAUGUCCCACAGGGUUUGUGUUACAUUCACUUUGAUGUCAUGGGCUCUUGGGUUUGGCAUUUCAAUGAUUACAGUAAAUCUAGUAGGGACACUACAGUUUUGUGACCAAAACACUAUUAAUCAUUUCUUUUGUGAUUUCUUACCUAUUCUAGAACUUUCCUGCUCAGACACUUUCUUUGUGCAAUUAGAAGUUACCACACUCUCUAUCCCAGUAGUUAUUUCACCUUUUAUACUGAUCACUGUAUCAUAUAUGUGUAUUGCCCAUGCAAUCCUAAAGAUAGUGUCCAAUACCGGGAGACAAAAAGCCUUCUCCACCUGCAGCUCCCACUUGGCUGUGGUCUCCAUAUUUUAUGGGACUCUCAUUGCUAUUUAUGUGGUUCCCCCCACAAAACAGUCACAGACCAUAAGCAAAGUUCUCUCUUUGUUAUUGACCAUAAUGAUACCUUUGAUUAACCCAAUGAUUUAUAGCCUGAAAAAUAAAGAUAUGAAUGAUGCCCUUAAAAGGAACGUGAACCUUUAUUUCCCACGUUUGUCCCACUGA